AGUUUGGUGAGGUUAAAAAAAAGGUUCUUGUUGGUUGUAAAGAAUUUUCACUUGUUGAUCUAAUAAGCAUGAAUUGUUUUCAACUAACAAGUCACAACUGCGCAUGUACACAGUCCCUGAUUAUACUGUACAGUACGUAAGCACAUGAAGCGGGAAUUGAAGUUUCCGAUAGAUAAGAUCCGAUAGUGGUACCAACUUGUUUGCCAACAACAAAAAGAAAUAGAAGAAGAAGAAGAAGAAGAAGAAGAAGAAGAAGAAGAAGAAGAAGAAGAAGAAGAAGAAGAAGAAGAAGAAGAAGAAGAAGAAUUGUGUACUGUUUUUGGACACAGACCUUGAGGAACAUAGUAACAUGGAGCACAUGGAUAAGUGAUGGAAGUAAAUGAAGAUGAUCCACAUGGCAUUAGGGUCCUCAAUGAAGUUGUGGAAAUCCUAACUGGAUUGGGCAACAUCACACUUACUUGUGCACUGUUAUUUGGUCUCAUUCAUUGUGUGGAUCUAAGCUACCCAGCAGAGCUCCACUUUUGAUCCUACAGAAGAUAUUUCUUAAUCCAGAUGGAGAAAGGCUGACACCCAAGGUUUAGUUUCUCAAAAAAGAGCUUCUAGAGUAAAUGAAUGUGAACAAAAACUGACCCAGGAUGGAUCACGGAGACAGAGCAAUGGGAGUCUCCCAUCUUCGCUAUGAGGAAGAAGAGGACCAUCAGUCAAUCUACAUCGGCGUCCCUGUUCCUCGAGGAUACCGUCGCAAACGCAGGCGACGGCGCUCCAGUCGAGAGCUUGCUGACAUGGACAGGGACAGGCGCUACAGCCAGCUGCAGCACCCCGAGCAGGACCAGUACCAAGACAUAGACGUAGAGGAAGGACUCAUGGAUUCCAAUGAGCAGAGUCUCCAAGACAUCAGCCACACAAUGUCUCCAGCAGCAGAGCGUCUACGUUACAUCCUGAGUGAAGAUGAUUAUUUGCCCACGCCGACGCUCUUCACUGAAAUGGACACUCUGCAGCGAGAAGGAGACGAGCUGGAGUGGAGGGAGUCUGCCAGGUGGGUGAAGUUCGAAGAGAAGGUGGAGGAAGGAGGGGAGCGAUGGAGUAAACCACAUGUGUCCACGCUGUCACUGCACAGUCUUUUUGAGCUCAGGACUUGUCUCCAGACAGGAACAGUGGUGCUGGAUCUGGAAGGCUACUCACUGCCUCAAAUUGUUGAUGACAUCAUUGAGAGGCAGAUAGAAGACGGCAUGUUAUCCCCUGACCUGAGAGAGAAGGUCAGUUUUGUUCUGCUGAGGAAGCACCGACACCACACCAAGAAGCCAAUCCAUCGCUCGCUAGCCGACAUCGGCAAGUCCAACUCCUCCACGAAUCGUACUGCUGGGCCCCGAAGUGGACCAGCACCAGGGUCAGGUUCAGGGCCAUGUGGCAACUUCAAUCGAUCCACAGAGGACCUCCGAAUAAAACAGCAGUCUGCUAACUAUGGCCGCCUACGCCACGCACAGAGUAGGAGCAUGAAUGACAUUGCAGAUACUCCCAGCACAGACCAGUUGAAAAACAAAUUCAUGAAGAAGAUUCCCAGAGAUGCGGAGGCAUCAAACGUUUUGGUGGGUGAAGUGGAUUUCCUAAACAAACCCUUUGUCGCCUUUGUCCGCCUGGCCCAAGCCACAACACUAGGAGGUCUGACUGAGGUCCCUGUACCCACCAGAUUCCUUUUUAUUCUCCUGGGGCCUCAAGGUAGGGCCAAGUCCUAUAAUGAGAUCGGCCGAGCCAUAGCAACCCUGAUGGUGGAUGAUCUCUUUAGUGAUGUAGCCUACAAGGCAAGGGAUCGGGACGACCUCAUUGCAGGAAUAGAUGAGUUUUUGGAUGAAGUCAUUGUGCUUCCACCUGGGGAAUGGGAUCCUAAAAUCCGCAUAGAGCCACCCAAGAAAGUCACCUCAGCUGACAAAAGGAAGUCAGUAUUUUCCUUGAAUGAGCUUGGGCAAAUGAAUGGAACAGCUGGGGGAGGAGGGGGAGGUCUGGCUGAGGAUGAGGAGAUGCCAGAGCAACAUGAGCUUGGAGAGGAGCUGGCGUUCACUGGGCGGUUUUGUGGGGGUCUGUACCUGGACAUUAAGAGAAAACUGCCGUGGCUGCCAAGUGACUUCUACGACGGUUUCCACAUCCAGUCCAUCUCUGCGGUGCUCUUCAUUUACUUGGGCUGCAUCACCAAUGCCAUCACUUUUGGUGGCCUACUGGGAGAUGCUACUGACAAUUACCAGGGAGUGAUGGAGAGUUUUCUGGGUACUGCUCUGGCUGGCUCUGUUUUCUGUCUCCUUGGCGGUCAGCCCCUGAUCAUCCUCAGCUCCACUGGACCUAUCCUCAUCUUUGAAAAACUCCUUUUUGAAUUCAGCAACAACAACGCCAUAGAUUACAUGGAGCUGCGUCUGUGGAUUGGCAUCCACUCCUGCCUGCAGUGUUUCAUCCUGGUAGCCACUGAUGCCAGUUACAUCAUCAAGUAUAUGACCCGCUUCACUGAGGAGGGCUUUUCCAGCCUCAUCUCCUUUAUCUUUAUCUCUGAUGCCAUCAAGAAGAUGGUGGGCACUUUCAAUUACUACCCAAUAGACACCAGCUUCAAGCCCGACUACAUCACCACGUACAAGUGCGAAUGCCUGGCCCCAGACCCAGUUCCAAUGCCGGAUAACAGCUCUAAUGUCUCUGGGUUGAAUGUGACAGCUCUGGACUGGAGCCAGCUGAGCAAGAAGGAAUGUCAGAAGUAUGGAGGUUCUUUGGUGGGAAAAUCCUGCAUGUACACCCCUGAUCUGGCUCUAAUGUCCUUAAUCCUUUUCUUUGGCACCUACUCCAUGACCAUCACCCUAAAGAAGUUCAAGUUUAGUCGCUACUUCCCCACAAAGCUGAGGAAACUCAUCAGUGACUUCUCUAUCUUCAUGUCUAUCAUGACAUUUGUGGGGCUCGAUAUGCUUAUGGGACUUGACACUCCUAAGCUAAUUGUCCCAACAGAAUUCAAGCCUACUCGAGCUGACCGAGGCUGGCUGGUGAUGCCUUUUGGUAAGAACCCAUGGUGGGUCUACCUGGCCAGCUCUGUCCCUGCCCUUCUAGUGACUAUCCUCAUCUUCAUGGACCAGCAGAUCAGUGCUGUCAUUGUUAACCGCAAGGAGAAUAAACUUAAGAAAGGGUGUGGCUACCACCUAGAUCUCCUCUGGGUUGGUGUCCUCAUGGCUGUCUGUUCCUUCAUUGGCCUGCCUUGGUACGUCGCUGCCACUGUCAUCUCCAUUGCCCACAUUGACUCUCUAAAGAUGGAAAGUGAGUCAAGUGCUCCUGGAGAGCAACCUCAGUUCCUUGGAGUCAGAGAACAAAGAGUUACAGGGAUUAUGGUGUUUGUUCUGACUGGAGUGUCCAUCUUUCUUGCACCAAUACUAAAGUUCAUACCUAUGCCUGUGCUCUACGGUGUUUUUCUCUACAUGGGUGUAGCCUCCCUCAAUGGAAUCCAGUUCUGGGACAGGAUUAAAUUGUAUAUGAUGCCAUCCAAGCACCAGCCAGACUACUCUUACCUGCGCCACGUUCCUCUGAGGAGGAUACACCUGUUCACUCUGAUCCAGAUCAUGUGUCUGGCUGUGCUCUGGGUCCUCAAAUCCACGUUCAUGGCUAUCAUCUUCCCUGUCAUGAUCCUGGGUCUGAUGGUGGUCCGAAAGAUGCUUGACAUGGUCUUCUCCCAGCAUGAUCUGGCCUGGCUAGAUGACUUACUGCCUGAAAAAGAGAAGAAGAAGACAGACGAUGACAAGAAGAAGGGAAAGGACAAGAAGAAACCAAAGUCAGACGACAGCGUGGAAGAGGACAAAUACCAAGCCUACUCCAACCACUCACCCAGCUCAGAGUCGGAUUUAGAUCGCAGCAUCACUCUCCACCUGAAGAUCUCCUGUCCAUCAUCUCCGGCGAUGCCUAUGGCCAGAGGGUUGGCCUGUCCUGUGCCCCAGGUCAAGAUUGAGAUGGAAUCAGACUAUGACUCAGACAUUGACCCCCAUCGUCCUCGGGACAUGAGCAGUGAGACCACGUUAUGAAGAUUAGACACAAGCUAAUGUCUUGCUGACAGAACUGCACACAACCUUGUGUGGCCUUGGCUACGGAAUGCAGACAGGGCUCAUCAAGACACAGUAUAGGGUGGCACAGCCCGACAGCUGUGUGUAAACUGACACCAGACUGACUUUUUGGGACUAAUGCAGUCAAAGCACUUAAAAUGUAUUUGCUAAAUGUAUCUACUUUAAAACAACUGCACUGUUGGAUAAAUGUUGCUGUACAUGGUAUAUGGAAAACUGAAUAUAAUUAUUUAUUGUAAAUAACCGUAAGGAAA